AGAAAACAAAACAUCCUCUGCAUCUCUUUCUCAGUUCUACCUUUCCUUCCCUACAAACCAAUAAAGGCAAACAAAGGUAGAAGCUACAUCGCAGUGUCAUAUAUCACAAAAAAACCUUUUAUGUGUUACUCUUCAACAUCAUUCUCCAAAGGGGAAGAACUAAGGAAACAUCAAAACCGAGAACGGAUUAUAACCACUCUCUCAUUCUGAACCGUUUUCACUCAAACCCCACACAAUUCUCUUGGAGAAAAGCAAUGAGAAUGGAGUUGAAGAAGAAGAUAUCCAAGUCGUCAUGGCCAAAUUUUAAUGUAAGGAAGUGGCUCAAUAAAAGGAGCAACGGUGAUAGCUUUCACUCAGAUUACUCUUUACCAGAGGGGUGGCUGAUGGAUUCCACAAACGAAUUGAAACAUUCCGCACCGGUGAAGGAGGCGCCACCUGUCAGUGACAUCGACACGCUCAACCUUAGGAUGUUCGUGGGGACGUGGAAUGUGGGAGGAAAGUCACCAAACGAAGGAUUGAACUUGAGGGAAUGGUUGAUGUUGCCUUCACCAGCUGAUAUCUAUGUCAUUGGGUUCCAAGAAAUUAUACCUCUAAACGCAGGGAACGUGCUUGGGCCAGAGGAUAGUGGCCCAGCAACGAAGUGGCUAACUCUGAUUCGUGAAGCCUUGAACUCUAACACUAGUGAAGAAAGUGAAGAAAGUUGUAGUACAUUAUGUAGCCCAAGUGAACAUGAACAACAACACUAUUAUUGCCUUGCAGCAAGUAAACAAAUGGUGGGUAUCUUCUUGUGCGUGUGGGUUCGUGAGGAUCUUUACAAGCAUGUCACCAAUUUAAAAGUGUCUUGCGUUGGUAGAGGCAUCAUGGGCUAUCUGGGAAAUAAGGGUUCAGUAUCAAUCAGCAUGACAUUGUACCACACGACGUUUUGCUUUGUUGGUACCCACUUGGCCUCUGGAGAGAAAGAUGGUGACGAGAUUCGAAGAAAUUUAGACGUAUCAGAGAUCUUAAAGAAAACUAAAUUUUCUCACUCAUUCAAAGCUCUUGGUCAAACACUCCCUCCUCCUGAAACCAUAUUAGAGCAUGAUAAGAUUAUUUGGCUUGGGGAUUUGAAUUAUCGCCUUGUUGCUGGUUAUGAUGAUACACUUGAACUACUGAAAAAGAAUGAUUGGCAGGCCCUAUUAGAAAAGGAUCAGCUGAGGAUAGAGCAAAGAGCGGGUAGAGUGUUCAAAGAAUGGAAGGAAGGGAAGAUAUACUUUGCUCCAACUUACAAAUACCUAUUUGAUUCUGACCAGUAUGUUGCUCAAACAAACAAGUCCAAGGAAAAACGACGAACACCGGCUUGGUGCGAUCGAAUUCUGUGGAAAGGAGAAGGCGUGGAGCAGUUAUGGUACGUGAGAGGAGAGUCGAAAUUCUCAGACCACAGGCCAGUGUAUUCACUGUUCUCGGUUGAUGUGGACAUGAGAUGUAAGAAGCUAGGAUCCUAUGUUGGUGCAUCAGAGAGUGGUGGCUCAAUCUCAAUGUCAAGGUCAUGCUCCUCUAGAACCAUCACAAACGCUGCCUUGUCCUCUUCUUGUUUUGCUAAAGUUCAGGCAGAGGAACAACUAUUGUUACUAACCAGGGAACAUAGCCACCGCACAUGCAGGAUUCUGAGUUAGGACACAGGAAUAGGAUACUAUAUAUAUAUUAAGUGGUGACCAGUGACCACUUUCCGAGGAAGAAAAGUAACACACAAGUGACACGAGCAUCGAGUUGCCGCGGCUCGCGGUGUGUCCUGACAAGGUUCGGGUUCUGUGUUCCUCACUUUUUUUUUUGUUGUUGGAACAGAGGAUUCAAUUCAUUAGUAUUUUAUGCUGUAAAAAGUUCACAUGCGCCCACCCUUCUGGCUUCCCAAGCUAGCAAUGAUCACGGGAAUUUGAAUUCUGUGCUGAGUUUAUGGUGUUCUUUUUCUGUUGUGUCUUCAAUGUAUUCAAAUUUUUUUAAUGUACGAACAUCAGAGGAACUAUACAAAAAAUUCAGCAAAGAUUCUGAACUCAGAGGCGGAGGAAGUGCAGAAAGAGAUGGCUUUUUUUCUGAGCUUUUGGUGAACGAUGAGGUUGCUAUCUUCCAAAUGUUUGGUUGGUUAGUCUAUAUUUUGAUGGGCAUUUGAAGAAAUUGUAAAUCAAAUUGUUUAUUACUUUUCCUAUUGUUGUUCAAUACAGUGUAUCGAAUUUUGUUAUGUAAAAAAUCUAUACCAGCUUAGUAUGAUACUUCUCA